UACCCACUAUUUACCUCCGUCGCCAGCAGCUCCGCGGAAGGUUGACCUGAGCCAAUCUCUGGUUCGCUCGCUCUCCGCUCGCUAUAUAACAGCUGGUAAAGCUUACCAAGAACCCUUCUACUCUGUGCUUCCGUGAUGCGCCCAGUCCGACGGGAGACGGGACUAACUUCAUUGUGAGCGCCAGUUGCCAAACACAGGGACUAACGCUAACAUUAGUCUCUGCAGACAAACUGCAAUGGUCGUGUGCAACGUCGCUGCUCUGCUGUUGAUGGCGAUGUGUGCCGUCACGGUACACGCUUUCUUCCUGGUCCCAGACGCCAGCCGAUGGCAGCAACCCAAUAGGAUGACCUACAUUUACGAACAGUUAGAGAGGAAGCGAGAGAAGGCGCAUAGCAUGGCGGCGGCAGCAGCAGCAGCAACAGCGGCGGCGGCAGAGGAGGCUGAAGCAGCAGCAAAGGAACUUGCCAGAAAACAACAAUCAGUCGGAGACAAAUCUAGGGUGCUGGCGUUCUACCCAUGGAGGGGGAAGCGAGAUGGCCACACAUCAAGCUCUGUCUACAUGACCUUAGGAAGGCAGCCUUUUGGGAUCUAUUACCGUCCACUUACAGCCGUGUAACGUGCAGGUAUUGACUCAUGUGCAGUGAACUAACAACCGAUUUCGCUCUGACAACCAUUCGUUUUUGUGUCAAACAGAAAAUAAAUGGGGUAUCUGCUAAAAUACCUGUACAUGU